AAGAACCACAAGAAAUUGGAUUACAACUCUGACAUUUUGGAGUGCAAGUGAUGUUAAAACAGUUUGAAUGUAUUGGAGCCUGGCUGCUUCUUAAAAUGCAAAAGGCAAAGGAAAUUAUUGCAUAUCUAAACCUACUGAAUAUCUGAGUUUUCUAGACAUCCUACAUUUAACUGUGUCCCUAAAUGUCCAUGAUAAAGAUCUCAUGCAACCGUUGUACGUUUUGGAGACUAUUCUCCAAAAGAGGACAGUGCAUUUAAAAAGCAGAGAUGACUGUGUUUUCUUGUGGAACUUACUAAGGUUGAACAUACUGAAAGAUCAUGACCAGCUUGAAGCGGUCCCAGACUGAAAGGGCUGUUGCCACUGGGGUAUCAGUCGGAACAGAUGGCACCUCAAAAGUCCACUCAGAUGACUUUUAUAUGAGGCGCUUUAGGUCACAGAAUGGCAGCUUAGGAUCUGCAGUCAUGGCACCAGUUGGACCCCCUCGCAAUGAAAGUUCCCAUCACAUUACCUCUACUCCUGGAGUCCCUAAAAUGGGGGUCAGGGCAAGAAUUGCUGAUUGGCCCCCAAGGAAGGAGAACAUCAAGGAAACAAGCAGGUCUAGUCAAGAUAUUGAAACAUCAAGUUGCCUUGACAGCAUGUCUUCUAAAAGCAGUCCUGGGAGUCAGGGAAGCUCUGUUAACCUGAAUGCUAGUGAUUCUGUCAUGUUAAAGAGCAUCCAGAGCACACUUAAAAGCAAGACCAGACAAUCUGAGAAUCUAGACUCCAGGUUUCUAACACCUGAUGGAUACCCCAGUUCCCCAAGGAAAGCUCUUCGCAGAAUAAGACAACGCAGCAACAGUGACAUCACCAUAAGUGAGCUUGAUGUGGAUAGUUUUGAUGAAUGUAUUUCACCCACUUUUAAAUCAGGACCAUCUCUGCACAGGGAGUAUGGCAGCACAUCUUCCAUAGAUAAGCAGGGAACUUCAGGGGAAAGUUUUUUUGACUUAUUGAAGGGCUAUAAAGAUGAAAAGUCUGAUCAGAGAAGCCCAGCCACAACUAAGCUUAGUGAACUUCUGAUUGCCAGUGGAAGCAAGGGUUCAGGAUUCUCUCUAGAUGUGAUAGAUGGACCUAUUACUCAAAGGGAAAACCUGAGACUCUUUAAGGAAAGGGAGAAGCCACUGAAGAGACGCUCAAAAUCGGAGACUGGAGAUUCAUCCAUUUUUCGUAAGCUGCGCAAUGCCAAAGGUGAUGGGGAGCUUGGGAAGUCUUCAGAUCUUGAAGAUAACAGGUCAGAAGAUAGCGUCAAGCCUUGGACUUGUCCGAAGUGUUUUGCUCAUUAUGAUGUACAGAGUAUUUUAUUUGAUUUAAAUGAAGCGGCAAUCAACAGGCACAACGUUAUUAAAAGAAGGAACACGACCACAGGUGCAUCUGCCGCUGCUGUGGCAUCACUGGUCUCUGGACCCUUGUCCCAUUCUGCAAGUUUCAAUUCUCCAAUGGGCAGCACUGAAGACCUGAAUUCAAAAGGAAGUCUCAAUAUGGACCAGGGGGAUGAUAAAAGCAAUGAACUUGUGAUGAGUUGCCCUUAUUUUCGUAAUGAGAUAGGUGGGGAAGGGGAGAGGAAGAUCAGUCUUUCCAAAUCUAAUUCAGGUUCCUUCAGUGGAUGUGAAAGUGCCUCAUUUGAGUCAACUCUGAGUUCUCAUUGCACGAAUGCCGGAGUAGCAGUUCUGGAAGUUCCCAAGGAGAAUCUGAUUUUACAUCUAGACAGAGUGAAAAGAUACAUUGUUGAACAUGUAGACCUUGGAGCAUAUUAUUAUAGAAAAUUCUUCUAUCAGAAAGAACACUGGAACUAUUUUGGGGCAGAUGAGAACCUGGGUCCAGUAGCUGUGAGUAUAAGAAGAGAGAAGCCGGAAGAAAUCAAAGAAAAUGGACCUCAGUACAACUACCGGAUCAUAUUCAGAACCAGUGAGCUUAUGACAUUAAGAGGCUCAGUGCUGGAAGAUGCUAUCCCUUCAACUGCAAAGCAUUGCACAGCCAGGGGACUUCCCCUAAAAGAAGUGUUGGAGUAUGUGGUUCCUGAGCUCAAUAUCCAUUGCCUGAGGCUGGCCUUCAACACUCCCAAAGUCACAGAACAGCUUAUGAAGCUGGAUGAACAAGGGUUAAGCUACCAGCUUAAGGUGGGUAUCAUGUACUGCAAAGCUGGGCAAAGCACAGAAGAGGAAAUGUAUAAUAAUGAAUCAGCAGGUCCGGCAUUUGAAGAGUUUCUUCAGCUCUUGGGAGAACGAGUUCGACUCAAGGGAUUUGAGAAGUAUCGUGCUCAGCUGGAUACAAAGACUGAUUCAACAGGUACUCACUCUCUAUACACCACAUACAAGGACUAUGAAAUCAUGUUCCAUGUUUCCACUAUGUUGCCAUAUACUCCAAACAACAAGCAACAGCUUCUGAGAAAACGACAUAUUGGAAAUGAUAUUGUGACAAUAGUAUUCCAAGAGCCUGGAGCACAACCCUUCAGCCCAAAGAACAUUCGAUCCCACUUCCAGCACGUCUUUGUCAUUGUGAGAGUGCAUGGUCCCUGCACUGACAGCGUUUGUUACAGUGUUGCUGUGACAAGAUCCAGAGAUGUACCAUCCUUUGGACCACCUAUUCCUAAAGGUGUCACGUUUCCUAAAUCAAAUGUGUUCAGGGACUUCUUGCUAGCCAAAGUCAUUAAUGCAGAGAAUGCUGCUCAUAAGUCAGAAAAGUUUCGUGCGAUGGCCACCAGGACGCGUCAAGAGUACUUGAAAGAUUUGGCAGAGAAGAAUGUCACCAACACACCUAUUGACCCUUCUGGCAAGUUCCCCUUCAUCUCACUUGCUUCUAAGAAGAAAGAAAAGUCCAAGCCUUAUCCAGGAGCAGAGAUAUAUAGUUCUGGUGCUAUUGUAUGGAGUGUUCAUGCAAAAGACUAUAGCAAGGGUAUGGAAAUAGACUGUCUCCUAGGCAUCUCUAAUGAGUUUGUAGUCCUCAUUGAACAGGACACAAAAAGCGUGGUGUUCAACUGCUCCUGUCGAGAUGUGAUAGGGUGGACUUCAACGGACACAAAUAUAAAAAUAUUCUAUGAGAGAGGUGAAUGUGUUUCUUUGGAGAGCUUCAUCAGCAACAUUGAUGAUAUCAAAGAGAUCGUCAAAAGGCUGGAGCUUGUGACUAAGGGCUGUGAAACAGUGGAGAUGACUCUGCGUAGGAAUGGUCUGGGUCAGCUUGGUUUCCAUGUGAACUAUGAAGGCAUUGUGGCAGAUGUUGAGCCCUACGGCUACGCGUGGCAGGCGGGACUGCGCCAGGGCAGCCGACUGGUGGAAAUCUGCAAAGUGGCUGUAGCCACUCUGAGCCAUGAGCAAAUGAUUGAUCUUCUGAGAACAUCAGUAACAGUGAAGGUUGUCAUCGUCCCUCCGUAUGAGGACUGCACACCACGCAGGAGUUCUUCAGAAAACUACCGUAUGCCAGUGAUGGAAUACAAAGUGAAUGAAGGAAUGUCAUAUGAAUUCAAAUUUCCCUUCAGAAAUAAUAACAAAUGGCAGCGAAAUGCAAGCAAAGGACAAGGACCUCAUGUGGCUCAGGUACCAUCCCAAAUGCAAAGUCCAGUACCAUCUAGGAUUGGCUCUGGGAAAGGAGAAGGGAAAAUGCCACCCCCAGAACGAGCAGCCAACAUCCCCCGCAGCAUCUCGAGCGAUGGGCGCCCGUUGGAGAGCCGGAGGUUGUCUCCUGGCUCUGAUGUCUACGUCACCGUUUCAUCCAUCGCCUUAGCAAGAUCGCAGCAGUGCCGCAAUUCUCCAAGCAACUUAUCAUCCUCAAGUGAGACUGGCUCUGGUGGGGGCACAUACAGACAAAAAUCUAUGCCAGAAGGGUUUGGAAUUAGCCGUAGAUCCCCUGCUUCCAUUGACAGGCAGAACACGCAAUCAGAUACGGGUGGUAGCGGCAAAUCCACACCCAGCUGGCAAAGAAGUGAGGAUAGUAUCGCUGACCAGAUGGAACCAACGUGCCAUCUCCCAGCAGUAUCAAAAGUACACCCAUCCUUCAGAGAAAGCCCCAGUGGAAGACUGAUGAGACAGGAUCCUGUGGUUCACUUGUCUCCAAAUAAGCAGGGUCAUUCUGACAGCCACUAUUCCAGCCAUUCCAGCAGCAAUACUCUCUCCAGCAAUGCCUCCAGUGCUCACAGUGAUGAGAAGUGGUAUGACAGCGGAGAGCGCACCGAAUCAGAGCUGAACAGCUACAACUACCUUCAAGGGACUUCAGCUGAUAGUGGCAUAGAUACCACUUCCUAUGGCCCUAGCCAUGGCAGCACUGCCUCCCUGGGAGCUGCAACAUCUCCCCGUACAGGACUAACAAAGGAGAAGGUGGCACCACUGUGGCACAGCUCCAGCGAAGUGGUCUCCAUUGCAGACAGGACACUGGAAAAAGAGAGCCACUUAGACCGCAAGGCCGAGUCUUCACUGAGCCUGGAUAUUCACAGCAAGAGUCAACCAGCCUCCAAUCCACUAACAAGGGAGAACAGUGCUUAUAGUCUUAGUGAUGCCGUCUCACAUACAAGUACCAUGAGCUCACGACACUCUGCCAGCCCGGUUGUUUUCACCAGUGCCAGAAGCUCUCCUAAAGAAGAGCUUCAUUCUGCUACUUCUCCCCAGCUUGCACCUUCUUUCUCCUCCUCCUCUUCCUCCUCAUCUGGUCCUAGGACGUUCUACCCUCGCCAGGGUGCUACUAGCAAGUAUCUGAUUGGAUGGAAAAAGCCAGAAGGAACAAUAAACUCAGUGGGAUUUAUGGAUUCAAGAAAACGUCACCAGAGUGAUGGUAAUGAAAUGGCCCACCCUCGGCUGCGUGCUUCAGCAAGAGAUCUACGAGCAUCACCAAAACGAGCAUCCAAGUCCACUGUUGAAGAAGAGCUGAAGAAAUUGAUAGAUCUUGAUAGCCCAACACCUGAAUCCCAGAAGAACUUUAAGUCACACACUCUGUCCUGUCAGUCUCCCUUUCCCAGCACUCCUACCACAAGGCGUGCCUUGCAAAGGACUUUGUCAGAUGAGAGUAUUUACAGUGGUCAAAGGGACCACUUCUUCACCUCGCGGGCCUCGCUCUUGGACCAAGCCAUGCCAAAUGAUGUUCUGUUCACCAGCACGUACCCAUCUCUCCCAAAGUCGCUGCCGUUACGGAGACCGUCAUAUACUUUGGGAAUGAAAUCGCUGCAUGGAGAGUUUUCUGCCUCAGACAGUUCCCUCACAGAUAUCCAGGAGCAAAGACGGCAGCCCAUGCCAGACCCUGGUCUUAUGCCAUUGCCUGAUUCUGCCUCUGAUCUGGAUUGGUCAAACCUGGUAGAUGCUGCCAAAGCCUUUGAAGUUCAGCGAGCUUCAUUCUUUGCUGCUGCUGAUGAAAAUCACAGACCUGUGAGUGCUGCCUCCAGUAGUGAUCAGGCUGAGGACCAGCUCAGUGCACAGUUAAAGCCUUAUACUGGUAAAGAAUCUCCUCCAACUCUUGCUUCUAAAGUGGACCAACUGGAAGGUUUGCUGAAGAUGUUACAAGAGGAUUUAAGGAAGGAAAAAGAGGACAAGGCCAGUCUUCAGGCUGAAGUGCAACAUUUGCGGGAAGACAACUUGAGGUUACAGGAGGAAUCCCAGAAUGCAACUGAGAAACUGAAGAAAUUCACUGAAUGGGUUUUCAACACAAUUGAUAUGAACUGAGAACAGUGUACAGGGAAGGAAACUAUCUGUUAUGAAUAUUAUUACUGGGACUUAAGCUUUAAUGCCACCUUAAUCAUGACGUGUGAAAGUAUAGUCAGAGCACCUCCCUGUCCUUCAUCCUCCAAUAACCCUUUUUUGCAUCUCUGCGUGCACUCAGAACAAUUGCAGAUCAACAAUCAGUGUCUGCCUUUUGUAGAAAAAAAAGUAAAUAAUUUUAAAAGGUAAAAUAAAAGUUUAACUGCUAAAA